CUCUCUCUCUCUCUCGGUGCUCCAUAAUCAAUCAUCACCAUCGCUCUCCUUCCUUCCUCUCUCUCUCUCUCACUAAAUUUAUCCACCUCAGGGAUUCAAUCUCUCUCUCUCUUUCUCUCUCUAGGGUUUCAGAUUCUUCUAUCUUAUCUAUCUGUUUUUGAAGCCACCAGAAAAGGUGACGUAGUAUAUUCACAUGAACCUCUAGAUUCCGAUCCUCAUCCGGUUGCCGGUAUAUACUUUACGGCCAUCGAUAUCGAUCCGUUCGGAGCUCAAAAUUCGAAGGAUCGUUCGCCGUUUCUGCUUAUCGGGUGCGGGGAGGGGCCAGGCUGGUCGAUUUAAAUGAUAUGCAAGAGUGGGAUAAGGAGUCUGAUUGUUCAAGCUGGGAAUAUAGUAGCGUGCACAAAAACUGGGGCGUAUUUGAACAACAUUGGGAGAGUUUGCAUGCAAACAUCUUUGGGGAACUGCGAAUUUAAGACAACGUGUUUAAGGAUGAUGGUUGAUUCUAGUGCGACCGAGAAACAGGGUUCCAUUGUUGAUGUCUUAUCGCAGAAAGAUGACGAGGGUGGAUAUAUCAGUGGAGGCUGGAAAAGUGAAGGCGGAAAACUUAGCUGUGGCUAUUCCAGUUUUAGGGGAAAAAGAGCCACCAUGGAGGAUUUUUAUGAUAUAAAAACUUCCAAGAUUGAUGGGCAAACAGUUUGCCUCUUUGGAAUUUUUGAUGGUCAUGGUGGUUCUCGCGCUGCUGAAUAUCUGAAGGAGCAUCUAUUUGAGAAUCUCAUGAAGCAUCCAAACUUUAUAACAGACACCAAGUUAGCUAUUAGUGAAUCAUAUCAACAAACUGAUGCAGCUUUUUUGGAUUCUGAAAGGGAUACAUACCGCGAUGAUGGUUCUACUGCUUCAACAGCAGUCUUAGUGGGCAACCAUCUAUACGUUGCCAAUGUUGGAGAUUCUCGUACAGUAAUAUCAAAGGCAGGCAAAGCAAUUCCUCUAUCUGAGGAUCAUAAACCAAAUCGAACUGAUGAGAGAAAGAGAAUUGAAAAUGCUGGGGGCAUUGUAAUGUGGGCAGGAACUUGGAGGGUAGGAGGUGUUUUGGCUAUGUCUCGGGCUUUUGGAAACCGCAUGUUGAAGCAAUUUGUUGUUGCAGAACCUGAGAUCCAGGACCAAGUGAUAGAUGAAGAAUUUGAAUUGCUGGUGCUCGCUAGUGAUGGGCUGUGGGACGUGGUGCCAAAUGAGGAUGCUGUUUCACUUGCCCGAACAGAAGAAGAACCCGAGGCGGCAGCUCGGAAGUUAAUUGGAACAGCAUUUGGCCGUGGUAGUGCAGACAAUAUAACAUCCAUUGUGGUGAGGUUCCACCAUGACAAAGCAGAGUCUGCUGGGGCUAACCAUGAUUAGAGAAAUCUACUUCGCAUGUGUGGAUUCAUUACCAUUUUGAAGUAAUUGAUUAAAUUAAUUUGCAAUGCAGUGCAAAUGGCUGAAUGUGCAUAUAGAAAUGAAGGCAAUUAAUUUAUUCAUUGGUUUUGUUUCCAAAUAUGCUUUUGUACUGAGAAGAUAUCUUAUUGAUCUAUUUCAUUCUGGUUCCAUA